CGCCGCAACGGUACAGUACAUUGUCAUUACUCCCCCGUCUCUAUAAGUCAAACUCCACUUUUGGCCUCAAGUGAGUUACUCAAAGUGAGUUACAUCCAGCAUCACCAACCUUCAAGGUCUCAUAUAGAGGUGGCUAAUCAAUUCACACACAAGGAAGCACAAAAAUGUCUCUCACCAACGCAAGUCCCGCCGAUGCGGCUCGGGCGGCCAAGUCGGCCUCCCACGUGCUGGCCACGCUCUCGGCCGAGGCCCGCAACGACGCCUUGACGGCCAUCCACGCCGGCCUCACUGCCGCGCGCGACGACAUUCUGGCCGCCAACGCCCGCGACCUUGAGCUGGCCCGCCAAGCCGCCGCCGACGGCAAGCUGAGCGCCAGCCUGGUGUCACGCCUCGACCUGGGCAAGACGGGCAAGUGGGAGGACAUGCUCAAGGGCAUCCUGGACGUGCGCGACCUGGAGGAUCCCGUCGGGCGCGUCACGCUGCGGACCAAGCUGGACGACGGCCUGGAGCUGGAGCGCGUCACCUGCCCCAUCGGCGUGCUGCUCAUCAUCUUCGAGGCUCGCCCUGAAGUGAUCGCCAACAUCGCGGCGCUGGCCGUCAAGUCCGGCAACGCGGCCAUCCUCAAGGGCGGCAAGGAGUCGACCGAGUCGUUCGUGGCCAUCAGCACCGUCAUCUCCCAAGCCCUCUCCCAGACCAGCGUGCCCAACGGCGCCAUCCAGCUCGUCACCACGCGCGAGUCCAUCCCGCAGCUGCUCGCCCUCGACCGCGACAUCGACCUCGUCAUCCCCCGCGGCUCCAACGAGCUGGUGCGCUACAUCAAGGACAACACCAAGAUCCCCGUCCUCGGCCACGCCGACGGCCUCUGCUCCAUCUACCUGACCGCCUCUGCCGACCCCAAGCUGGCCGCCGACGUCGUCGUCGACGCCAAGACCAGCUACCCGGCCGCCUGCAACAGCGUCGAGACCCUUCUCGUCCAGGAAUCCGCUCUGAACACCGUCUUCCCCGCCGUCGCCGCCGCCUUAGCCGCCAAGGGCGUUGAGCUACGUUGCGACGCCGCCUCCAAGUCUGCCCUUUCUUCCAGCAACAUCACUGUUGUCGACGCCACCCCCGAGGACUACAACACCGAAUUCCUCUCGCUCGUCCUCGCAGUCAAGACCGUCCCCGACCUGUCCGCCGCCAUCGCCCACAUCAACACCCACGGCUCGCACCACACCGAGGCGAUCCUGACUUCGGACAAGGACGAAGCCGAGCGCUUCAUGUCGGCCGUGGACGCCUCGGGCGCGUACUGGAACGCGUCGACCCGGUUCGCGGACGGCAUGCGCUACGGCUUUGGUACCGAGGUCGGUAUCAGCACUAACAAGAUCCACUCGCGCGGUCCGGUGGGUUUGGAGGGGUUGAUGAUUUACAAGUAUAAGAUUAGGGGGCAGGGACAUGUGAGUGCGGUUUAUGGAGAGGGAGAGGGGAAGAGGCGGUUUAAGCAUGAGAGGUUGGCUAUUUGAGUGGGUUUGGGGGGUACAAAGGUGGGAAUGGGGGUUACGGUAAUGGGUUGAAAGGGUUAGUUUGUUUGUUUGUUUGUUUACUUGGUAAAAGGGGUUAAGAAGGGCGGGAAAAGGCGGGUAGCUAGAUUAUAUGAGUACAAUGACUUUCAUCCCAUCUUGUGUCAGGUUGGAACGAACACGCCAAGGUUCACCGACUUGUAUAUAUGUGAAUUUGUCAUGAUCGACCUGGAAACCACCCAAGCCUGAGACCAAAGAGACGACCUUAAUCGCGGGCAUGGCAGCUAACGGAAGUAUACCUCUAGUAUAGCUCGCCAGGGCUUUUCACAGGUACAUGACAGUGGAGCAUCAAAGGUCA